AUGGACACGCUCCUGGCAUCGUCUGCUGGGCCGCUGUCCCGGUGCGACGACCUCAGGGCCCCCGGCGUGGUGAACCUCAUCGUUUCAAUGUACGUGGCGGCGGGAAAUGGCGGCGUGGAUUACGAGCAGGACGACCGGAAAGGAGACAAAGGUCACCGUGCUGGUGUUCCUCUGUUAUUCAUACUCGUCGGCAUGCUUGUCUCGUACCUCCCGCAACACAUCCGCAUCAUCGCUCGUGGCACAUCCGAAGGCAUCUCGCCCUACUUCGUCCUGCUCGGCGUCACAUCUGCCACAUCCGGAUUCGCCAACAUUCUGACCCUGCCCCAGUCGCUCGAGGACGUGGCCUGCUGCAAAGAGCUCGACACCUUCCACUGCAUGGCCGGACUGCUUGGCAUUGCCCAGCUCGGCGUCCAGUGGAUCUGCUUUGCUUUCAUUCUCGCCCUCUUCCUCGUCUUCUUUCGCUUCGACGAUGCCAACGUGCCCAUUCCCGAGGAGGAGAUCCGUGACGAACAGCCCCGCUGGCAGACCGCCGUACUGGUUGCCUACAUCUGUCUGCUGCACGGCUUGCUCGUCAUUGCCCUAACGGCCGUCUUCGCGACCGUCUUCCCCCAGGCUCUUUCGGGCUGGGCCAACGCCCUGGGCUUGAUGGCCGCCCUUCUCGCCGCCGUCCAGUACUUUCCGCAGAUCCACACCACGUAUCGGCUCAAGCACGUCGGCAGCCUCAGCAUCCCCAUGAUGUGCAUGCAGACCCCGGGCGGCUUUGUGUUCGCUGCCAGUCUCUUUGUACGCCUCGGCUGGGGCGGCUGGAGUUCUUGGGGCAUCUUCCUCCUCACCGCCACCAUGCAGGGAAUCCUGUUGAGCAUGGCCAUCUACUAUGAGCUGCAGCGCGCCUUCCCGGAUGACGAGGACAGCGACGAAGAUAGCGACGAUGCAGCCAAUGUCAGUGGAAAUGGCAACGGGAACGGCAGGAUCGGUGGGAAUGCUCAUCCCAAGGUGCACAGACCGCUCUAUCGCCGCGUCCUGUCGUACCGGUCGGCCCGUCUGGACGAAAACACGCCCAGCCGGUACAGUGCCCACCCCGAGCACUACGGCACUACGCCCGACGAGAUCUCAGACAUUAUCGAUCGUCAAGACAGCGACGCGGCGACGGAAACACAGCCGCUUCUGCGGCCGGGCGGCAUCGGCAAUCCGCGUCGAGAAAACGACGCUCGCCGCCGCUCUGGACAUUAG